ACAGCGUCGGCGCGUCUCAUGAUGGUGGAUUCACCCUUCUGCUCGACCGGCACAGUUGGGUACUCCACCCGCGCGGAAAAUUACGGCAGAGUGACGGCAGUGUGCUGCCACGGCGCCUGCCCUCGCUGCGCCGAUCGCGAGGAGUCGCCCGAGUGCGACGCGAGCGCGAUCGCCGACGGCGCGUUGUGCUCCACGGCCAGCGCGACAAGCUGCGUCCUGCCAGCCUCGGCGGGUGGACUGGCGGCCAACACGUGUGUGGAUGCAUGGGCGCUCGCCUUCCCCACCGAGGUGCACCGCUGGCAGGGUCGGUCCUGCCACUUUAAGCGGAAGUGGCGGCAGUGCUCCGAGUUUUGGGCUGGCUGCCGCUGCUCCUGCGGCAACUGCAGCGCGAGCGGUGGGCACCAGCCACAGUCUUGCGCGCCGCACGCCGCCAUCACCACCGCCGCCGCCAUCGCCACGGACGGCGCGAGCAACCUCAAGGCGCUCGCAGGCCCGCCCCCCUCGUCCUCCUCGUCCUCCUCGCCGCUGUCCGGCGCAGCCACGGCGCUCGCCAUCGCCGCCGAGGCGGGCGGUGCCUCGCCGGCCACGGUGGCAGUGCUGCUGACCGGCGGCGGCUCCGUUCUACUCUUCGCUGGCGUCGCCCUCUGCUGCUUUCUCAGCGGAGGCAAGGGCGGAGGCAAGGGCGGCGGCGGCGCCUCAAGCCGCAGACAGCGCAGGCCUCGGUCCGGCGCCGCCUCGCCGCUCAGCGACGAGGACGAGUUCGGCUCGUUCCACGGGCCGUCGAGCUCGUGCUGGCUUGAGGACGACGACGGCAGCGGCGAGCGGCGGGCGGGGACGCGCGGCGCGCGCGGUACGACGCGCGAGGCGCUGCGGAGGCGCGCGCUCUCGAGGCUCACAUCGGGCCUGCAGACUCGGUCUCGAUGGUCGGAUCGCAGCCAGAGGCGCACGGGCUGCACCACAUCGCCUUCAAGGCGGCGGCUGGGCGGCACCGCCCUAGUCAUCGCCCCACCCCGCUACCCUCCCCGAACCUCGCCCUCGCUCGCCCUUCCGCGGCCACGCCCUGCGCGCCGGCGUGCCGCGCCGGCGAGGACUUCAUGGGGGACUUGCUCACGGUGCACCGCAUGUCUGCCGGGGAGGCGUUCGAUGACGGCACACACUUUGGCGGGGGCAGCCUGCAGGGCAGCUUGCACGGCAGCGUGCACGGCAGCGCCGCGAGCCUCACCCUCUCGUUCGACUCCGACAGCAGCAGCUCGCGCUCUAACGCGCCGCAAGGCGUGUGCGUGCCGCUCUCCGCCAUCACGGCGCGUGCGUUCGAGCCGCUGGUCGAGACGUCGGAGCGAACCGAGGGCUCCUACCGCUCCUCCCUGCCAGCCUCGCCCGCGCGCGCAACCUCGACGCGUGGUCGUACGACCUCUCAAAUCGCAGGCGCGGUCAACCCAUGAGAGGGCACUCUCAGCAUCUCUCUCCCGCGCGCGGUCGGCGGUGCUCCGGCGCGGGCCGACACCGCUGCGUCCCGUGAGCGCGUGCUGUGUGAGGAGUCACUCAGUGCUUGCCAUUUACUGGUAAAUGAGUGGUAUUUACCACUUAUUUG